AUGGUCCCGGCCUGGCAGCAGCAGGCCGUUCCUGCAGGGAGCCUGGAAGCCUGGGCGAAAUCUACGGGAGCAGCCAACAUCGCGCCGCGUCCAGUUCAGAGUGGGUCAGGGCCUGGAUUCGCGUGGGGUGCCAAUCCCGAGGUGGAUCCGCAUCACGCGGAGGAGGAUGAGGAGGAAAUGGAUGAAAAGAAGUACAAGCGAAUGAUGUCGAAUCGCGCUUCCGCGAAGAGGUCGCGCCAGCGCCGUCAGGUGCGGCUGGAGGAGCUGGAAAUCCAGUCCGCGAAGCUUAAGAUGGAAAACGCCGCAGUGCAGCGGCGGCUGACUGAAGCAACCGACAAGAUUCGUCGCUUCCAGGAGCAGAACUCAAACCUGGAACGCGAGCUUAAGCGGCUGCGAAAAGAGCUGGACGAUUGCAGUGGUGGAAGCAACGCGGGAGCGGCGGGGUCGACUCUUUCGCAAGGCAGCAAGCUGUCGUCUCCGGGAAAAGAGUCUGCUCUGUCGUCCCCGCUCACAGCUGUUACGGACGGGCUGACUGACGAAGUCGCGAAGGGACCAGGAAAGCGGAAGAGAACGGAGGAGAACGGGACAGGUGUUAAUGAUUCUCCAGAUGAUUCUUCGGAUCCGGUCCUCCUUCCAGCCGUUAACGGUGUUGUGAAGGCUGAAUCGCUCUUUCUGAGUAACCAGGGAGAUGUGGGUACGGACGGUGAGGAUGAGUCGGAUUGCCAGCUCUCUGAGUCAACGGCUGCGAUCACACUUACUGAGGGAGCAGCAACUGCGCUGCCCGCGUGUGAUGGCAAGGGAAACCCCAUUGCUCCUGCAGGCGGGUAUCAGGUGAUGGGCCGCGAUAUGGACGUUGCUGAUGGAGAGUUUUUUGCGACCCUGAUUGAUUGCUUUGAUGGAAAGCCCAUGGAGGGCUUCUUUGUUCAUCCCAGCACAGGUGCUGACGCAUUUGGCCAAACAUACAUACCGCCAGUCAGGGUCUGGCGGGAAUACGCACCAGACGCAUCACGACCGUCCAGUGAGCUCUUGGGCGGAAAACUGAUUCACGGACUCUCACCGGCAGGGGCGUGGUUGCUGGUGCAGCAACGCAGUGCGACGAAGAAGGCCAUGGGAUCCACACAGAACGGCCGCGACUCGCAGCCCAAGCACCUGGGGGUGAAGAAGUCUGGUGGACAGGUGAGGAGGGCUUGUGGGUUUGCCAUGUGA